AUGUGUGUUUGCUCUCUAAAAUUCCAGGUGGGCAUCAUCAAUGCACUUAUUGACCUGAAUGAGCAGCUACUGCAGAGCUCAUUUCUGAACAGCAGCAACCUGGGCUCCAGAAUGCCUGUGACUAUCUGCCUCUUUCACUCCCUCAACAACAUAACGAAAACUAGUGAAGCAAGUCGGCAAAGACCCAAGGACGACACUGAGCAGGUAGAAAAUACACUGGAAAUGUCCUUGCUGAGCCUCAGGAGGAUCCAGGAAGCAUUUCUACAGCAGAAUUGGUGUUCUGAGCCCACAGUGACUCUGACCUCUUUCGCUGCUACCCUGUUGCUGAGCAGGCAAAACAUAUCAACUUUGCCUCUGAGCUCUUACACCUUCGGUUCCCCAGCACCUGUGAAGUUAGGCUUUCCAUCAGCGUCAGUUUUGGAGCAGCUCUUGAAUAAACACCCAGGAGUUAACAUCCAAGUGAUAACAGGACUAGCUUUCAAUCCCUUCAGAGAUUUUGAUGACAGGAAGUUUGUUGGAAGCAUCGGAAGUGUGUUACUAAGCUCUAAUCAUAAAUUGCUCCAAGUCCAUGAUUUAAUGGAAGAUAUCAAUAUCGUGCUGUGGAGAAACGUGAGCACGGGCACCCAUCCCACCAGCCUCAACGUGAGCGCAGACUAUUUUACUAUCACAGUGAAUGUCACUUCCCUGGAGAAAUCCCUCAUAGUGUGCGUGGAGCCUGAAAGCCCCCUUUCAGUGACGCUGUACCUGGGGUUCCAGCACCAGCCUCACCACACACACUUCCACCUGGAUGUCUCCCUGCCAAAGGAGAAGGUGUCACAGAAAGAUGAGCAAUAUACACGGGUGCUGACUCCAGAGAGCCUGCAGUAUGGGGUUGGCACCUACUACAUAACAGCCCUGUUGAAUAGAAGUAAGGAGGGUGCCCAGCAGACGCCCGCCCUGUUCCCGGUGGUCACUGCCAUCACCCAGUCUUAUUUCUGGGACAGCGGCAACACGUGGAGGAGCAGCGGAUGCCAGGUUGGGCCACAGAGCCCACUUUUGAGGACACAGUGUCUAUGUAACCACCUGACCUACUUUGGCGGCGGUUUCUUCAUUGUGCCUCGGACAGUGAACGUGGAAGACAGAGCUGAGCUGUUCCUUCGCGUGACCAGCAACACCGUCGGGGUGUCCCUGCUGGCCAGCCUUAUUGGAGUCUAUAUGCUCAUAUUUGUGUGGACUUGGAGAAAGGACCAAGCCGAUAUGCAGAAGGUGAGGGUCACUGUCCUGGCUGAUAAUGACCCCAGCUCUCAGUUCCACUACCUUAUUGAGGUCUCCACGGGCUAUCGAAGAAGGGCUGCUACAACAGCUAACGUGGUUGUCACCCUGUAUGGAUCAGAGGGGCAGAGCGAGCCCCACCAUCUUUGUGAUUCCCGGAAAGCAGUCUCUGAACGAGGGGGACUGGAUGGCUUCCUCCUGGGCACUGCGUCUUCUCUGCGGGAAUGACACCGCCUGCAGCUCUGGCAUGACAGUUCUGCCGCCAGCCCUUCUCGAAUUGUCACUGACAUGGCAGGUAAAAGGAAAUGGCAUUUCCUGUGCAAUUGUUGGCUGGCCACGGACCUUGGAGACUGUGAGCGUGACUGGAUCUUCAUACCGGUCUCAAAGAAGGAGCUCUUUUCCUUUAGACACCUGUUCUCCUCCAUGAUUGUAGAAGAUUUCACCCAGGAUUGUCUGUGGCUCUCAGUCACAACUUGACAUCCCUGGACCCAGUUUACAAGAGUCCAGCGGCUCACCUGCUGCAUGACCCUCCUUCUCUGCAACAUGGUCACCUAUGUCAUGUUCUAGAAGAUGAACGGCACCACCACCAAGAGACAUGAGCAAGCUGGUUGUAUGUCAUGGUUUGCUUUCAUGGGCCCAUUUGCUGUGACCUGGUCAGAACUGCUCGUCAGCAUCCAAACUGCUGUCAUCCUUUUCCCCGUCAGUCUUGGGAUUGGGCGGCUUUUCCCGUUGAUUCAACCACAGGAACCUCUACCUCUCUUUCCUCCCAUCCAGGCCUCCUGCCUCUCAGAUGCUUCUUUUGAGCCUCUCUCUCUCUCACAGAGAUAGUUGAGGUAAGUUUGGUAUCAAAUUUUACAGAAAUUAAAGGAAACUGUGGGAUUCCUGCUCAGAAGAAAUACGUACCUCUCUGAGUGUGAACAGUCUUCAUGGAGUCUUUCUUACAACAUUAACCAGCUGGUGAAGCUUUUAUCCAGCCUCGUCUGUUCUUACUUAGAGGGUCAAGGCCGUCACCAGCCGGCAGGACCCUACUGGGCAAAUGUGGUUCCUGAAAAUCACCAUCAUUUCCACAGUUACCUGCUCAGAGUUGCGAGGCUCCAGUCUCACUUAGGCACACUGGGUCCCGCCCAGGCCCAUCAGCCCUGUGACUUCCUGGAUGCAGUCAGCCAACUGCAAGAACUCCAGGAACUGUUGGAAAUGUGUAUUCUUCCCAUAGAGCAAGGGCCAUCCAGGGACGCAGCCAGAGCCUUCCCCAUCCUGAGCCCAGACGGGAAGCAGCCCAUCUCUAAUGGCCGGCUCAGAUGGUUGACUUACUUCUGCUGGCUCCUUCUGGUGUCACUAGCCUGGCCUCAGCCUUUUUUUACAGCACUUUAUAGCCUGGAAGUGAACAAAGACCAAGCCACCAGCUGCGUUAUUUCGAUAUUAUCUUUGCUUCAGAACAUCUUCAUCACCAGUAAAGUCCGAGUGAUCUUCCUCACAUUGUUUUACUCACUGCGGCUGAACAGGAUGCUGUGGCCUCACAAAGAGAAGGAGCAUCAAACCAAGAGGAUCUUGGCAGUCUUGGCAAGAUGUCCUUCAUCAUUACCCGGUUCAAGAGAUGAAAACAACCCCAUCUACGUAGCCCCAGCUAUGAAUGGUCCAGUUAAGCACCCAGAAAGAACCUUGAAAGAGAAGAAAUUCUUCAAGUUGACAGGAGAUAUUUUGGUACAAAUACUUUUCCUUAUCCUGUUGAUGACUGCAGUCUACUCAGCACACAACUCCAAUAGAUUUUACCUCCGUCAAGCUAUCCACAAGAGCUUUCCUUACCGCUUCUCAGAGAUCAAACUUCUCAAGCAUUUCCACCCCUGGGCCAGUAGCACCCUCCUUCCUAACCUGUACAGGGAUUACAGAGUUUAACCUGCUGCUUGGAUGGAGCAUCUCUGACUACUGAACUUUUCUCAGUUCAGCAGUGACUGUUGUUGGUCUCCUGAUGG